CCGAGCGACACGCAACAGUCACACCACGAAAGACACAGCGGAGCCAUGAACCACCAGCCAAGUUCUCCGUCCUCAAGAUCCGCGUUUAAACUUUCGGAGCCUGUCAAGUCACCCAGACCAUGAAGAGGCAAAACGUGAGGACCCUCGCCCUCAUCAUCUGUACAUUCACCUAUCUUCUAGUCGGGGCCGCUGUGUUCGAUGCCUUGGAAUCUAAGAAGGAGACUACCCAAAAGAAAAAACUGGACAAUAGAAAAUUAGAGCUGAUGUACAAAUACAAUCUGACGAAAGACAACUUUGAUGAGCUCGAGACGGUGGUAUUGCAACUGAAACCUCACAAAGCCGGGGUGCAGUGGAAAUUCGCUGGAUCUUUCUAUUUUGCUAUCACUGUGAUCACGACCAUAGGGUACGGGCAUGCGGCUCCAAGCACGGACGGCGGGAAGGUGUUCUGCAUGUUCUACGCUCUCCUGGGGAUCCCCCUCACGCUGGUCAUGUUCCAGAGCCUGGGCGAGCGGAUCAAUACCUUCGUCAGGUACCUGCUACACCGACUCAAGAAGUGCCUUGGGCUGCGGCGGACGGAAGUCUCCAUGGCCAACAUGGUGAUCAUCGGCUUCUUCUCCUGCAUCAGCACGCUGUGUGUGGGGGCAGCCGCCUUCUCCAGCUAUGAGGACUGGAGCUUCUUCCACGCCUACUACUACUGCUUCAUCACGCUCACCACCAUCGGCUUCGGGGACUACGUGGCGCUGCAGAAGGACCACGCCCUGCAGAACAACCCCAGGUACGUGGCGUUCAGCUUCAUCUACAUCCUGACGGGCCUGACGGUCAUCGGCGCCUUCCUCAACCUGGUGGUGCUGCGGUUCAUGACCAUGAAUGCCGAGGACGAGAAGCGGGACGCCGAGCAGCGGGCGCUGCUCUCCCGCAACGGGCAGGCCAGCGGCAUCCGCCGCGGCGCCGAGCCGGCCUCCUCCGCCGCAGGGGGCGGAACGGGGCGGGGCCUGCGCAACGUGUACGCCGAGGUGCUGCACUUCCAGUCCAUGUGCUCCUGCCUGUGGUACAAGAGCCGGGAGAAGCUGCAGUACUCCAUCCCAAUGAUCAUCCCCCGAGACCUUUCCACCUCCGACACCUAUGUGGAGCAGGGUGACGUCUACACCGACCCCCACUCCAACGGCUGCGUGUGCAGCCUGCAGCACCGCUCCGCCAUCAGCUCCGUCUCCACUGGGCUGCACAGCCUCUCCACCUUCCGGGGACUCAUGAAACGGCGCAGCUCCAUCUAGCUGCCCGGAGGACUCACUGCAGUUUUAGCUGUGCUUUGGGACUACACCAACUGUGGCACUGUUUUAGAAAAACCGAUAAAUCUGUGUUUUUUUCUUCAUUCUCUCACGUUUAGGGUCUGUGAGAAUGGAUUAUCUUUGGAUAAGGGAUAUUUUAAGAGAAAAAAAGACAUGCUACACUGUUGUAUAUUCUCACAAUGGACAUGAAGAAAUUAAUAAGAAAUGUAUAUAAUUAUUGUAUCCAUAUUUUUAACCUGAUUUACAAGACUACACUUUUGGUUUAUGAGUUUCAUAAGUGAGGCAUGUCUUUUUUCCACAAAAAAUAUGUGAGGGGGACUUUCAAGUAUCACAGUUGCUCACUGAAAAAGAAAUGUGUAUAUAUUUGUAAUUUUCACACUUUAUUUAACAGUAAUUGGUAUUAGGAAGAGCCUAUUUUUACAGCUAAAGGACUGAAAACCAAGAUGUGAAUUGUUUCUGUCACACUGACGUUCAGGUUACCCCACACUUUUUAAUCUGCUUGAAAUUACUCACUGUUUUAUUUUGUACAAAGCAUUGUCAUAUUCAUUCUAACAGGCUUUUUUCAUGCUCAUAUAUUUGUGUUAAUGUUUGUUUUA